CUCCUCCUCUUGGAGACCAUGUUUACACCAAGCUUAAAUUCUGUUUACAUUUGUUCUCCAGGUACAGAAGAGCCUUUAGCUUUAACUCGUUCCCAUGCUGCUGCUGGUGCUGCUGUUCCAGCUUUCUAUGCUGGGGAACAGUGAGGUGGUGACAUCUUUUGAAAACACAUGCCCUCAGUUUUUCUUCCGGGAAACCCCCCCAAAUGAUGCCAUCAAACCUGCCAAUCCAGCCCAGAUUUGCCAACUUUACAAGAAUCAGUAUCGCUUUGCUACUUUGUACGACAGGGACCACCGCAUUCCAAUAUACUCUGCGUAUGUGUACCAACCUGGUUAUGGUAAGCGACCUAAUAGCUGGAUGGUAGAACCCCAGCUGAUGGGUUCAAAUUACCAAAAGGAAAUGGCAACUGAAUGGAUCCUCUUAAAUGAUAUCGGUGUUGACCAGGGACUGCUUAAUGAGAGCCAGGCUGUCCUUCGAGAUUACAAGAAUCUGACUAAUUUCAACAGGGGCCACUUGAACCCCAAUGGGCACCAACCUGACCCUGACUAUAAGGCUGCUACCUUCACCCUGACCAACAUUGUGCCACAGUUUAUGAACCUCAAUAGUGGGAAAUGGAACAACUACGAACAAGAAGUAAUGAUGAGUAGGACUGAAGGGUGUGCUACCAUAUAUGUUGUUGUGGGAGUGGUCCCUGGCAACAAUUACAUAGCUGGAGGCAGAGUCAAUAAGCCCAGCCACAUGUGGUCUGCUGCCUGCUGUGAGAUUGAUAACAAUCACAGGAAGUCCUGGGCAGUCAUUGCUCUAAAUGAUCAGAAUGCAGUCGAGCUGCUCACUCUGGGUGAGUUAGAGGAGAAGCUGGUUGAACUGUACAGAAAGGAGGAGAUCCUUCUGUUUGACAGUGACUGUCCCCGACAAUAAACUCCUGACCCCACUCGCACACCUCUCCAUAUCCCCCUGGAGAAAGGGGUUGGGAGCCUUCACCAAUAGCUGCAGUCUCAUGACCAUUCUACACACCGCAUUUAACCCAUCCUGUUUGUUUAUUAAAUGCUUUUACAGAUCUCUCUUCCCAAACGAGUCUAAACACUUCUCUACAAUCUUCUCCUGUUAUGAGAGGAAGCGGUCUGGAAAGGCUGGGGCCAUUUUGUUCCUGUCCCAUAUUACAAGUCAUGGGUGGCAGGCUCUUCAGUUGGAAAUGUCUAUGAGAGAUCUCACAGAGAUUCCUCUUUAUGGUGCUCUCAGGCAAGUGGGCUUUGCGCAUGCCCCUGGGGCAAAGCAUGAAGGAAGGGUCUGUCUCCCGGUCUGCAUUCUUGCCACCCCUGAAGGCAGUGCUAUGGGGGAAAUGUAAUACUCCCCAGCCCACCCACUCCUCCCCCUCACCAAACCAGGGUCCACCCCUUUUCCUAGCAUUGGCUUGGACACGCUCUGGCUAGA